AUGUCGCCCAUCGCUGUCCCUGUGCCUAACGGCUCUACCGCGUCCAAAAACAAAAUGUCAAGUCAAGAAGUUAUGGACCUAGAACAUGAGUACUCUGCACACAACUAUCACCCAUUGCCAGUCUGCUUUGACAGAGGCGAAGGAGCCCAUGUCUGGGAUCCUGAGGGGAACGAGUACCUGGAUUUCCUGGCUGCGUACUCCGCUGUGAAUCAGGGUCAUUGUCAUCCUGAAAUCCUCAAUACCCUGAUCACCCAAGCCUCCAAGCUCACACUGUCUUCUCGAGCAUUCUACUCCUCCAAUCUCGGUCCAUUUGCUCAGAAGAUUACUCAGAUGUUCGGUUUCGAAUCCAUGUUACCGAUGAAUACUGGUGCGGAAGCAGUGGAAACGGCCAUCAAGAUGGCUAGAAAAUGGGGAUACAUGAAAAAGGGGAUUCCAGAGGGCAAAGCAAUCGUCCUUAGCGUGGAAGGUAACUUCCACGGCAGAACCAUUGGUAUCAUCUCCAUGUCGACGGAUCCGGAAGCCACUCGAGGAUUUGGACCGUAUCUUGAAGGUGUUGGACCUAGAUGCCUUGCUGGAGGGAAAGAUAGAGUGAUCCGAUACAAUCACCCGGAGGACCUUGAACGAGCGCUCGAAGCUCACGGAAAAGAAGUCGCUGCGUUUUUGGUUGAGCCAAUCCAAGGCGAGGCGGGGAUCUACGUGCCUGAUGAUGGAUACCUGACCAAAUGCGCGGAAUUGUGUAAGAAGCACAACGUCUUGUUUAUCUGCGAUGAAAUUCAGACCGGAUUGGCAAGGACGGGCAAAAUGAUGUGCUACGAAUGGGAUGGUGUCAAGCCUGACAUGGUCAUUUUGGGCAAAGCUCUGUCAGGUGGAAUGUAUCCCGUGUCAUGCGUCCUGUCAAGCAAGGAAAUCAUGCACUGCAUCAAGCCUGGCGAGCAUGGUAGUACUUACGGGGGUAACCCGCUUGGAUGUGCCGUUGCCAUGACGGCGCUCGAUGUUUUGGUCAAGGAGGACCUCGCGGCUCGAUCCAUGAAGUUGGGCGAAAUCUUCCGAGAUGAAUUGCGUAAACUUGACAGCCCAUUGAUCAAGACUAUUCGUGGACGUGGAUUGUUCAAUGGAGUCGUCAUUGACGAGACGAAAAGCUCAAAGGGAAGGACGGCCUGGCAAUUCUGUCUCUUGAUGAAGAGCAAAGGGCUGCUUGCUAAGCCAACGCAUAUCAACAUCAUCCGUUUCGCCCCGCCUCUGGUGAUUAGCGAAGAGGAUAUCCGAAAAGCCGUCAAGAUCAUCGGCGAGUGCCUCGAGGAAUUCGACACGAUUGAGCGGAUCCCGGGAGACGAGGGAGAAGAGCACGACGUAAAAGUUGACUUGGACUUGUGA